AUGGAGACCCCUGAAAGAUGGGUUGUACUGGUGUGUGUGGCCGUGCGGAUGAUUGUUUCCCUCUCCUUCCCCCAGUUACAACAACAGCUCGAUAAGUCUGUUGAGUUCUCUACACCGUUCACUUCUUACCGGUCCCUGCGUGAGGGCGUUUACAUGUUGAAGCAAGGCUUUGAACUCUACAAUGGUGGUGUAAUUCACCAUUCGCCACUAUUGGUAGUUUUGAUGUCAUUAAUUGAGCCAGAAUUUUUGGUUUCCCUCCUUUAUGCAUGUUUGGACGCCCUAAUCGCGUACCAACUGGCGUGUAUAGCGCGUUGUUUCAGCAAAUCUAUUACCAUACCCGCAUGGAUACCCUGUUUGCUAUACUCUCUCAAUCCUUUGGCGCUUUUAUCUUGCGUGAGCAGAUCGUCAGUGAUCUUCACCAACGUUUGCAUAUCGACCGCUGUCCUGCACGCGCUACAAGGUAACGUUUUGGUUGCCUCUGUGGCAAUUGCUACUGCAGGGUAUCUUUCACUAUAUCCGCUACUACUGGUGUUCCCAUUGUUUGCUAUAUUCGAAACAAGAAGCUCCCGAGUGAAAGCUGCCGCUAUCACUAGUUUUACUGUCGCAGUAUUACUCACACUGAGCUACACUGCGUGCGGCAAUAACUGGGCUUUCCUUGAUGCCACUUAUGGGUCAUUAGUCAGAUUCGACAAGCUCUUCCCAAACCUGGGACUAUGGUGGUAUUUUUUCGCCGAAAUGUUCGAUGCAUACGUACCGUUCUUCAAAGCGGUAUUCAACAUCGUUGUUGUUUCAUUCAUUGCUCCGCUCACAGUCCGCUUCUACAGACAACCCUGCUACGCAUUUGUUCUGUGCGUCGGGUGGAUCACACUCACUAAACCGUACCCAACUCUGGGCGAUGCAGGCUUUUUGCUCGGUUUCCUGCCGCUGUUCCACCCGUUAUUCGGAUACCUGCGCUACUCGGCACUCUCGUGCUUACUGUUCCUACACGCUGUAGUCCUCUCACCGAUCUUUUACCACUUGUGGGUUGACCUUGGUUCCGGAAACAGCAAUUUCUUUUACGCGAUCACCCUAGUCUACGCACUCGCAAUAGCCUCAAUCGUCGCAGACCUAUGCUGGGCUAUGCUAAGAUUCGAAUAUGACCACGGAAAGCCCAACUACCAACUCAAAGUGACUCAAAUAUAG